AUGCGCGUGUACAGAGAACAACUCUAUGGUGCUGGUGUUUGUUAUUAUUGUACAAAUUGUCCAAAACCAUUUAGUCCAGAUCCAUCAUCUGUCAUGCAAGUCUAUUCAUCCACAGGCUGGUGUGCUAUGUUAAGUAGAACAGAUUCAGCGGAUACUGCUUAUACUCGAAAUGCUGCUCCACCUGGAAUGUGUUAUACAAAAGGAUGUUCUUGGCAACUUCUAAAUGGUAAUAGAACAUGGAUUUGUUGUUGUAAUGAUAAUCUAUGCAAUUGGGAUCCUCCUACAACUGAUUGUUAUUAUUGUUCUUCUUGUCCAAGACCAUUUAAUCCAAAGAGUUACUUGGUUUCAAAAUCAGUUUCAAAAAUAGGAUGGUGUUAUCGUAAAAGUAGUUCAAGUACAGAUGAUCAAUCUACUGAUCGAGGAGUUGCAUCACCUGGUCUUUGUAGUUGGAAUGAAUGUUCAUGGAAAAUAAUAAAUAAUAAUAAAUAUUGGGUAUGUUGUUGUAAUGGUGAUCAAUGCAAUAAAGCUAUUUCAAUAUCAAAAUCUACUAUAAAUAUUUUGAGUUUUGCAAUCAUAAUUAUCGUAAUGUUUCAUAAAACGCUUUUAUUUUAA